UUCUUUUUUCUCUGUUCCCCAUCUCUACCGUGGCGAGAAAAAAAAAGUCUUUGGGCCUUGAUUCUCCAUAACAAACCAUUUGCUCAUAGUACCGUUUUAUUCAACUAUAUUGCAUUGAAAACACUAUUAGGGUUGAAAAUACAUACUUCCCAUACUCAUACAGUCACCCUUUUGUCCUGUGACGAAUUGUGCAUUGAUUACCUUGUACACAAAUUCAUAUAAGUUUAAACUUUGAAUGACCAACCUGACUCUACCCCUGGGCCUUCCCUUUUGACCUUGCUUCUGUCGCUGCUAUCAUGGCGUCUCCAGAGGAUCAAACCAACAGUGGCCAGACCAAAGCCUGGUCCAACCCAAUGGAGACCAGCCAUAGCAGUCUGGACACUCAAGAUCCGCGGCUUAUAACCAGAGGUCGGAAGGUGGAUUACCAGAACGGAAGUGACACUGAUCCACUGGAUCAAGAGCAGCUGCGGCAGCUCUCACUCAGCCCCUUUUCCGAGUUUGUGCGACCCUCCCAGCCACGACCCCGAAGCACCGUCUCGGGAUCCAGGCCCCGACAACCUGGACCAACCAACUUGACGGGCCGGAUUGGAUCCGCCCUGCACAACACAUGGCUGAGGCAUCGGGCCGUCUUGCUGAUGCUCCUGGCCCAGUUCUUUGGCGUUACGAUGAAUAUGUGCGCGCGGAUCCUGGAGCACGAGGAGGAGGGAGCGAUGCACCCGACACAGCUGCUCUUCGUGCGAAUGGCCAUAACCGUCGUCUUCGCCAACCUGUACAUGUGGUGGGCCAAAACACCAGAUGCCCCUUUCGGCAAGCCCGGCGUCAGGUGGCUACUGCUGGCGCGCGGCGUGACGGGCUUCUUUGGCAUCUACGGCAUGUGGUACUCCAUCAUGUAUCUGCCCCUGGCUGAGGCCACCGUCAUCACGUUCCUGGUGCCGUGCGUAACCGGCUAUCUAUGCCACCUAGUGAUCCACGAGCCGUUUACCCGGAAAGAGCAGGUUGCGUCGUUUAUCGCCUUGAUCGGCGUGGUACUCAUUGCGAGACCGGCUGCCCUGCUGGGGGUUGACGAGGACCCCUCGACAGCCGAAACGAGUGCGACUGGCGGGGAUCCCGGUGAUGAAAUCACACCUGCCCAGCGGCUGGGCGCCAUUGCAGCCGCCUUGGUCGGCGUCCUGGGGACCGCGGGUGCCUUCCUGAGCAUCCGGCACAUCGGACCCCGCGCGCACCCUCUGGUGUCGGUCAACUACUUCUCCGUCUUUUGCACGGCAGUGUGCGCCAUUGUGCUCGUCUUUGCACCGAUCCUAAACAUCGGGCAGCCGGACCUGCGCUUUGAGCUGCCGCAAGGAGCGUGGCAGUGGUUCCUGCUGACCACGGUGUGCAUCUGCGGGUUCCUGACGCAGUUCCUGCUCACAGCCAGUCUGGGCGGUGGCGAAAAGUCCAACAGGGCGACCGCCAUGGUCUACACGGGGAUGCUGUUUGCUUCCGCCUUCGACAAGUGGGUGUUUGGUAUCGAGAUGGGCAUGCUGAGCGUCGUGGGCUGCGGCCUGAUCAUAGGCAGCGCCAUGUGGGCUGCGCUGUCAAAGAAGGAGCCCGUCCCGGAGGCGAGAGCAGAUGACAUUGAGGCCGUGCUUGUGUCAGAUGACGGCGACGCCGAGGUAGUCCAUCUGCUCGAUGAGGACGACCGUGCUUAUAGUGACGAUGAUUAGAACAUAAUAGUCCGUGGGUCGGCUUAAAUAGUGGGUGCAGCCCAAGGGGAAAUGUUAGUAGACCGUGUUUCUUGUCAUCACUGUAUCAAGACUCGUAUCACAUUGUGGUCUAUUUUCUGAAGUUCAACUGAACACAUCUUCAACCGUAACUGUGUAGUUAAGUUAAAUAAACAAAAAAUAUACGC